AUGGCGUCCAACUACACUGCACAACACUCUGAUGACUGCGCUCCCUUCAGCUUUGUGACAGUAAAUGUUGCCGUCGUGUGCCUUUACUUACUUCUGAUCCCCUUUGCAUUGCUGCUCAAUGGGGUAGCUGCAUGGGUGUCCUUUCACCUCCCGUCUUCGUCUACCUUCAUUGUGUAUCUAAAGAACCUGGUGGCUGCUGACCUCCUCAUGAUACUGAUGCUUCCGGCGAAGGCAGCUAGCAAGCUACCGGGAGCAACAGUGUGGUUGCGGGCGUUCGACUGUCGCUACUCUUCCGUCAUCUUCUACAACUGUUUGUACACGAGUAUCACCUUGAUGGGUCUCAUCAGCCUCGACCGCUUCUUCAAAAUUGUUCGCCCAUUUGGGAAGCUGUUAGGACAAAGUGUUACCUUCAGUCGUGUUACAUCCAGCUUGGUUUGGUUGCUGUUAUUUACCUGCACAGGUAUCCCAACAAUCAUUCUGACAGACCAGAGUCCUCUAAAUAUAACAGCAGAUUUCUGCAUGUCCAUGAAAAGUCCAGCUGGUGUGACCCUUCACAAGUAUGUAGUCCUCUUCAUGGAAGCCCUAUUCUGGCUCGUCGGCAUACUGAUUGUGUUCUGCUAUGUAUGCAUCACCCUGAAAGUCCUGCAGUCCUUCAGAAACUCAGGGAGCAACAACAGCCAAGGGAAGAAGAAGACCAAGCUACGAGUCUUCUCGAUUCUUCUGGUGUUCUUUGUGUGUUUUGUGCCUCUGCACAUUAUCCGUAUUCCCAGCACAUUGCUUGAAGUGAUGGAUAUUGGUGGCUGCACGGAAAUGUGGGUGACAACAGGCCAAACAUUAUGCCUGUGGCUGUCGACCACUAAUGCUUGUCUGGACCCUGUCCUCUACGUAUACCUGUGCAGGGAAUACAGAGACAAACUGGUGGACAUGCUGAAAGCUAGAGGCAUCAGUGUCCGGUUAUAUUCAGGUGAAAGAGAGGAGACUUCGCAGUAG